AUGGACCGACACCGGAAACCACCACAGCUGGUUUUAACACCGGAAACGAGGCUGCGAGGAGAAGUUUUACCUUCAGAUGUACGAAAAGUGAUCGUUGGUGAAGAAGAGGUUCCUCCUGAGCAGCAGGAGUGGAGCUCCAGUCUGGACCAGGAGGAGCCAGAGCCCCCCACAAGUGAAGAUGAUGAAGAGAAACCUCAGUCCUCACAGCUUCAUCACAGACUCAGCGAUGGGGACUGGGAGGAGACCAGAGAACCUCCGUCAGGUUCCAACUCUCAGAAGAACAUUGAUUCUGUUGAGCGGUCGUUCAGCUGCUCUGAAUGCGGCCAACGAUUCGGCCGGAAGCCACAUCUGAACGCUCACAUGAGGAUCCACACGGGAGAGAAACCGUUCGGCUGCUCUUUUUGCGGUAAAAGAUUCUCUCAAAAGGGAAACUCAAUCAGUCACAUGAGACUUCACACGGGGGAGAAACCCUUCAGCUGCUCCGUGUGCAAAAAGCAUUUCAGAUACAGCGGAGACGUAAGCAGACACAUGAGGAUCCACACAGGGAAAAAAACUAAAAUAUUCAACCGCAACAUCAGCGACCGGAUCAGCAGUAACACUCACACAGAAUCAGAACCGGCCGGGAACUCAGAUCCCCAGAGUCUCUUACAACCAAACCCUAAUGAUAAACCUCCAGAACCUGAAGUCACUGCUGACGGAUGGAAGGAGACCGGAGAACCUCAGUCAGGUUCCGACUCUGACGACGUCCCUCUGAGCGAUGAGAGAUGUAACGCCGACAAAGAGUCAUUCAGCUGCUCGGAGUGUGGGAGAACGUUUUGCCGCAGAGACCACCUGAUGAGUCACAUGAGAACUCACACAGGAGAGAAACCGUUCAGCUGCUCUGUUUGUCAGAAACGUUUCAGCUGCAGCGGGAACAUUUUGGCACACAUGAGAAUUCACACGGGAGAGAAACCGUUUGAAUGCUCGUUUUGUGACAAAAGCUUCAGCCAGAAGGGAACUCUGCAGCUUCACAUGAGAAUUCACACGGGAGAGAAACCGUUCGGAUGCCCUUUCUGCGAUAAAAGAUUUGCGCACAAAAGACGCAUGACUCUUCACAUGUCGGUCCACACGGAGGAGAAACGCUUCAGCUGCAGCGCCUGUGACAAAAGAUUCACGUGGUACACGCAGCUCAAAACCCACAAGUGUGUCGGCGAGUCGUCUCAACGCCGUCAAAGUCAGAAAAAGGUUCCUGCCAUGGAAUCGUUCAGCUGCACAGAGUGUGAUAAAACAUUCAGCCUAAAGGGAAACCUGAAGACGCACAUGAGAAUCCACACGGGAGAGAAACCAUUUCGUUGCUCCGUUUGCGGUAAACGUUUUAAACAAAACGUUCAUCUGACGGAGCACAUGACGAUUCACACGGGGGAGAAACUGUAUAAAUGUAGUGUUUGUGGGAAAGGAUUCAACAAGAAGUCACUGGUCAAAAACCAUCAAUGUGUUUAA